AAAGGAUAAGAACAUGUGGCCUGCUAAUGACAAAAAUCGUUAAGGAAAUGACGCAAUCUAAAGAAAACCUGUGAGUUCUAGUGUAUGCUAGCCUUGCUCCAUCAUCUAUAUAAUUUGUUUCAGAAGUUGCCUAUACUUAUUCAUCUUACUGAGUGGUGCAGAGUCUGCAGAAAUGGCUUCAUCUAAAACUCUGCACAUUGUAAUGUUCCCCUGGCUAGCUUUCGGUCACUUGCUGCCCUUCUUGAACCUGGCCUUGCUCAUUGCUAAAAGAGGUCACAAGAUUUCUUUUAUCUCCACUCCUCGAAACCUCCAACGCCUCCCCAAAAUCCCUUCAGAUCUCGCACCUCUUAUUGAUUUUAUCGAGAUUAAGUUGCCUUCUGUUGCUGAUCUUCCCAUGCAUGCAGAGGCAACUAUUGAUGUUCCCUUUAACAAGGUCAAGUUCUUGAAAAUUGCUUAUGAUCGUCUUCGAGACCCUGUUGCUCGUUUCCUGGAAUCUGUGUUGCCGGAUUGGAUACUGUGUGAUUUUGCUUCUUAUUGGCUUGGCCCUGUUGCUUCUGAGUUGGGGGUUCGAGUAGGGUGGUUCAGUGUUUUUCCUGCUUCGAUUUUAGGUUUUAUAGGCCCGCCAGGGAAAUUGAUUGAUCGUAAAGGUGAUCCUGUCAGGCCUGAAGAUUACACUGUUAAACCUGAAUGGGUGCACUUUGAGACAAGUGUUGCGAUGAGUAUGUUUCAGAUACUAGCAACGGCUCCGAAUCUUGAAGCUGAUGAAACCGAAAAUGUUACUGAUAACUUUCGUCUUGGAACCACAAUUAGAAACAUUGAUAUGGUGGCAGUAAGAAGUAGCGUUGAGUUUGAGCCCGUGUGGUUGAAUUUGGUAGAGGAGAUUUAUGGGAAGCCUGUGGUUCCUGUUGGAUUAUUGCCUAUUGAGGAGAUCAGCAACCAUGGGGAUGAUGGAUGUUGGGGUGAUAUUAGAGAUUGGCUUGAUAAACAAGCAGAGGGGUCAGUGGUAUAUGUAGCAUUUGGGGCUGAGACAAAACUGAAUCAAGUUGCGGUUACUGAGUUAGCUCUUGGUCUGGAGUUGUCUGGAUUGCCUUUCUUUUGGGCUUUCAGGAAGCAAAGAGGGUCAGCUGAUCCCGAGAUAGUUGAGUUGCCUGAAGGUUUUGAAGAGCGGACUAGAGGUCGUGGGAUGGUUUACAUGACUUGGGUGCCUCAGAACAGGAUACUGAGGCAUGGCUCGGUUGGGGGUCUGUUGUUUCACUCUGGUUGGAGCUCAGUGGUGGAGGGGGUGCAGUUUGGGAAAGUGCUGGUAUUGCUGCCAAUGUUGGGUGAUCAGGGGAUCAUUGCUACGCAGCUGGAGGAGAAGAAGUUGGGUCUUCUGAUCCCAAGAAACGAGCUAGAUGGUCGGUUUACUAGGGAGGCAGUGGCGGAGUCACUUAAGUUGGUGAUGGUGGAUGAAGAAGCUGGGAAGAUUUACAGAGAUAAGGUGAAGGAAAUGCAAAGUGUUUUCGGUGACAUGGAUAAGCAAGACUCUUAUGUCAAUAACUUGAUUGUUCAUCUAGAAACCCAUAGAAUUGCAAGAGAUUACUGAUGUAUUAAGACAUAGAUAAAUCAGUUACCUUUCCUUGUAUGAUUGUCUGGGUUUUUGGUUAUCUCCUGUAUGUUCUGUCUUGUUACAAGUUAAUAAAUCUGGGUUCUGCCAGUUUACAUAUAUA